AUGACCGACAGCUACGUAGGCAGCAGUUGCCACGGCAGCGUCCGCAGCAGCAGCGACUUCCAGAGCAGCGUCGCUUCCCCCGCGUCUGCACGCAGCGCGCUCCUGUCUCGAUCCUUCAUCAGCGCCCACAUAACCGACCACGAGUUGUUUGCAACUGCGACGAGUGUCGUUCCGAAUCUCCGCGCAGUCUUAAAGCACCGCAACGACGGCGGCCGCCGCAGCAGCAGCAUGUGGCAAAGGCCGUUGCUCGAUCGACAGCAGCCACCACCGUGCUGGAUCGUCCGCAAGCAGAAAAACAAGCAGCAGCAACAGUACUACAGCGGCGAGAUCACCGAGUUCGACCGAGCCAGACUCCCGUCCAUGCAGCAGCGAGGCGACACCCGCACUGCAACAGCGCGAGCUUCAGCUGUUGACACGACACGCCAUUCAAUGGUCGAGACCCGAGGGUCGCUCCACACUCGCAACGCCUUUGUCGACGAACCGACAUCCUCCACCUUCCGCUGGCCACGAGACGACCCCAGUGUCACGUACGCCGCGUCGGCUCAAGUCACGCUCAAUUGCCGCUUGGAAGAAGCCAAUGACAUGCUGUUUGGCCGGGAAGCCCAUCAGUUUGAUGCCAGUAUGGCUGCGCUCUUUGGAGCGAGGAAGUACCGAAGCGGGGACCGAGCAUUGGCACGCGAGUUCCAUGACCAUGGAUCCUCUUACUGGGAAGAUGAUGACGGUGACGACCGCGGGCAGCCAGGGUGGGUAGCGAUGCAAUCCGUAGUGCUACGACCCCGUCGGUCCCUCAACCCCGUGACUGCCGCGAAACGGACGAGUCGUCGCCAACGCCUUUGCUUUGCAGUGUACUCGCAGCACUGUCCGGACACGAACGAAGCUUUUUAUACCAUGAAGACCUUGCCCAAGUCAACACAGGACCACUUUGCUCGCUGCAGUCGAGAUCAAGGAGCUGCAGAACAGGCGCUUCGAGGCACUACUGAUCAUAUUGCUGCUGGGUACCAUCUCACGAGCUUGUACAGUGAUCUCAGUGGCCACCAGACGCGAAUCGUCAUGACGGCGUACGUCUGCAAUAUCAUAGAGGGACCGGUGACGACCGACGUGCUUCGAUCACGCUCGAAGCUCUGGCCACGAAGUCACCAAGCUCGAAGCUCCGGCUCGAGUCAUCGACAGGACUUGCCCCCGACAGCCAAUGCUGAAGCAAAGUACGUGGUCAAGCUGCUGGCAAAUGCGACAACGUCGUUUGAACAGCUCGUGCGACGCCGGCGGUUCGGGAACCAGUCAUUCUUGCACGUACCGCCCAAUUAUGCUGCAGCCAGGGACGACGUUUGCAAGGUGUGUCGGAAAACCUUCGGACUGCUACGUCCUCAACGUUUCUGCCAGCUCUGUGCCCAGUGUGUCUGCCGGGAGUGCUCGCACAAGUUUGACGUCGAACCGAUCGCACGACGAGUGCGUCGGACUCGCAUUUGCUACCCGUGUGCAGCCAACGUGGAUGCGAGUGUGUUCCAGCAAGAGAAUCCGCUCUUGAACGCAUCGUUUUCGACCUAUUCUGCUGUGGUAGCGCCCGUAACUCGGAGGAGUCGGAUGAACAGAAAAGACGAGGGUGACAAUACGGCUCGCACGAAAGUGUCCACUGCCAGUCACGACCUCUUACUCGAGCGUGACGACGUUAGUCGCUACAGCCACUCGUCCAGUCAAAACACGGCAGAGGCGACUGCAAUACCACAAGCGAGAUGCCAUCGACUGUCAACGCGCCGACAAGUUCACAGCAACAGUGCAAUAACCACUUCGGCACCGUGUCCAUCGACCCCUGGUCGACAGUUGGCCGACGCUUUGUUUUCCAGUAACCCCUUGACCCGAGCUCGCGCGCUCCAAGUCGUUCGUCAAGUGGUGAAACAAGUGGCGUCGGACUCUUCGGUGCCAACGAGCUCAGCGUCUUCAUCUGCGUCGUCAUCGUACACGUCAUCAAUCCCAGUAAAUCACCCUCAACACCCAGACAGAAACAUCGUGGACAAGUAUCUCGAGGCGUGUCUGCGUCUGUCCAGCAUCUCUCGAAGUGGCGACCCCGCUACUACAGACCGCAGCACGAACGUCCAGAAAAAUGCACCCAGCGCCUUUUAUAAGGCUGCUGAAGGCUGUCAUCGUCGACGACGCAGUACGAGCGGACAAUGUUACGCGUCGUCCACGGACUUUGACUUGAACUCGAGACCUCCAGCUUCCCCACGACCAUUGACGCCAACAAGAACAACAUUGCAGAAAAGCAUCUGCGAAUUGGACCUGGACGAAGACCUCGACUCAGCAGCUCUCGACUCGAUCUGUGACGUGGCGGCGGUUCGAAUGCGGUGCUCAACCGCUUUCAUCGUUGCAGUCAACAAGGCCCACGAAUCUCAAGCUCAACGCGUGGUCGGGGCUUCUGGCGCUCCACGUACAUGGACGGAAGAUGCAGUCGUGUGUCCCUUUUCACUGAUCGCCAACGGCAAGCCAUUCAUGGUCACCGAUCCCUUACGCGACCCGGCACUUCGAAACCUGCGACUCGUGCGAGACAUUGGCGUCCGAUUCUUCGCUGGUUUUCCGAUCAAAUCUCCAGACGGGGCUGUUGUUGCUUGUCUCUGCACCGUCGAUGCAAACGUCCGGGAGCGAAUCUCGCUCGAGGAUUUUAAAGCCAUGCACGCCUUGUCCAAGCUCGCAUCGGAUCUAUUCGAAGAGGAGGUGAACCCAUACACGCUUCGGUAG